AAGCCUGAAGAAUCCGAGGACAGAGGUCUGAGAGACAGACUGAGACUGAACCUGAAUCAGACUGAAGGAUCCGAGGACGCAGGUCUGAGAGACAGACUGAGACUGAACCUGAAUCAGACUGAAGGAUCCGAGGACGCAGGUCUGACAGGCUGAGACUCUGAAUCUGAACCAGACUGUUCAGAACCUCACCGUGUUUUAUUUUGAAGCCUCAGUGUUUUAUUUUGAAGUGCUGCAGCUGCAGGUGACGUCAUGCCGUGGCUGCUGUCCUCUCAGCUAGAGCGGUUGUCUUCGUCUCCGUCGGAGCGGCAGUGUGAGCGGACGGCGUUCUCCUUCUACUGCGCGGUGCGCGAGCUGCAGCCGGUUUGGCUGCUGGAGGAUGCGCGCAGGAUGGAGGUGUUCUGCUGGGACGACGGCCGGCCGCGCGCCUUCUCCGCCUCGGAGGCACUGCUGUACGCUGUCGUGCAUGACCAUCAGGACUACGCACGCUACCUGCUCACCAGGUACUCAGUGAGCGCACUCAGUGCACCCCGCUGCAGCUUCUGUUGCUGCCGGAGUGGCGGAGCACCGCAUCUUAACGUGGCGGUGCGCUACAACCGUGUCUCCAUCCUCGCCAUGAUGGUGGAAGCACUGAAGGACUAUGACACGGAGAGCGUGCGGCGGGACUACCUGGACAGCUGCGGUGGCUGCGCACAUGUGGCGGAUGCAGGAAAGACAGCAUUGCAGCUGGCAGUGGAACUGUCGCGGCCGGACUGCCUGCUGCUGCUGCUGGUUCACGGCGCGCCGCCACACGGCCUUGAUAUGGCGCUGCAGCGACUCGACUUGUCCGCCGCGGGGGAACGGCGUGACGCUCAGCGAUGCCUGGACUUCCUGCUGCUCUUCCUGCCUGAAGCACCUGCGCUGCGCCACCUGCAGGACGAGACGCAGCGCUGGCAAAGCCUGCUGGGAAAUGAAGUUUUCAGCUGGCUGUGCGGCCUGGCUCCGCCCCCCCUGCUGCUGCAGGCUCUUAGGACUUUGGCCCGGUCUGUCCCAGGUCAGAUUUCACACCUGCCCGCCCUCCUGCAGCCGCUCAACUGGCCCUGACACUGCUGUCACCAUGGAAACAGACUGUAAACACCUCGGGACUGCUGUGAUUGGCCGGUUGGUUAAUGACGUUAAUACAAUGUAAACAAAGACUGACCUGAUCACUGAUACUCAGGUGAAAACCUUUUAUCUCCAGACAAUCAAUUUAAGGUAAACACUCAGGGUUUAGGACCCUGAGAAGCCAGGUUUCCACCUGACACAGGGAUGUAAAUAUUUACUUUAAUUAAAGUUAAUGACUUUAUUAUGUAACUUUUAUGAUGUUGUGAAAAUGCUGAUCUGAGUUCUAAAUGUGACAAAAACUGUUUAAUAAACUGAAGAUGAAAAUUG